UACGCCAUCUUUGACGACAAAUAGCCCAUUUAUGUUAUUUUUGUUUUCAAAAAGUAGCGAAAAGUAUGAUAGAACACUAAAUCGCAUUAAACAACCAAAGCGUACGUCUGGUCUUCAACGUAUCUAACGUGUUAUAACACAGUAAAAGUCUUCGGAAAACAUUUUGGCGAGAUGUCGCUUGUGGAUUUGGGAAAGCGUUUGUUGGAGGCAGCACGCAAAGGGCAAGAUGAUGAAGUGAGGUCACUUAUGGCCAACGGAGCUCCAUUUACUACAGACUGGCUGGGAACCUCACCACUUCAUUUAGCAGCACAAUACGGGCACUACUCCACCGCUGAGGUGCUUCUCCGUGCCGGAGUGAGUAGAGAUGCUCGCACUAAAGUCGAUCGGACCCCGCUCCACAUGGCUGCGUCAGAGGGCCACUCAAGCAUCGUUGAACUAUUGGUCAAGAGUGGAGCAGACAUCAAUGCCAAAGACAUGCUGAAAAUGACCGCCCUCCACUGGGCUACAGAACAUGGGCACAGGGGAGUCGUGGAGCUGUUGAUCAAAUACGGCGCCGAUACUCACGCCCUCAGCAAGUUUGACAAGACGCCUUUUAACAUUGCGGUAGACAGAGGAAACACUGAGCUGAUGCUGUUGUUACAGGAGGGAAUGCAAAACCAAGUGAACAUGAAUCCAGAGAGGACUAUCCUAAGCAGUACGUCACCUGCCACAGCGAGUCCUCAGUUCAUCAUCUCCUCCUCUGGAGUGGUCAAUCUCUCUGAUAUUGUUCUCACUAAUGCUAAGGCUAACACAGCAGGAGCUGCAGAGAGUGUGAUUGCUGCUGAUUCAGUAGAUUCUGCCAUCCAGCAUCUCGUAGGGGAAGAUGGCCAGAGAGUCAUCACUAUAGUAACCGACCAACAGGGAAACCUGCAGACUGGCAACUUGGGACAGAAAUUCUUUGUCACAAUGCAGGGGCAGCAAAUGGUUGCAGUGCCAGCGGGUCAGAUUGCAGAAGAAAUCAUAACAGAGGACACCAAACCAGUUCCAACACGGAAGCGGAAAUUUGAAUCAACAGUCAACCACACAGAUGUCAAACACAAGGAACCAGCUGAGAAGGACAGUCGGGAACUACUAGAGCAGCAACUAAAAGAAGCAAACAGAAAAGCCCAGGAAUACAGACAGCAGUUACUAAGAAAGGAACAGGAAGCUGAGCAGUACAGGCUUAAACUGGAGGCCAUUGCCAACGGGCAGACCAAUGGCACCAGCACAGAGCCCCAAGAGGAAGUGGUGCUCCAGGAAGAGGAAGAGGAGGAGGUGGUUGGCGAAGAGGAAGUUGUCAUGUUGCCAGAAGGGGCCAUCAUCAUUAAAGAGGAGCCCCUUGACUCAACGGCAGGAGAAACAGUAACGUUAGUAGAGGCCGCAGAUAUCACAGCCACCUCAGAGGGCACGCCGUAGCGGUGAACCCACAGACUCAAACACUCAGGAAUUACAUACACUUUUCUAGUCUGUGUCCCUGGAGUGUGACAUUGUAUUUAUUUAUUGUAAAUCGUAACCUUUUGUUUUUAUCCUUUUUUUUUUACUCAUAGCAUUCAGUUUCUGUGUACAAACCUCUACAGAGAUGUAGCAUGUGUUAUAUUUAGGUGGCCACAAUGAUGCUGAGCUGAUCAGAUUGACUGAAGGAAGACCAGGCAUGUCUUUUUAAAGGGAUAGUUUACCCAAAAGUGAAAAUUCUGUCAUUAAUUACUCACCCUCUUAUCAUUCCAAACCUGCAAGACCGUUCAACUUCAAAACACAAAUUAAGAUAAGAGCCUCUGAUCCUCCAUAGACAGCAAUAGUCCUACCACGUUCAAGGUCCAGAAAGGUACCAAGAACAUCGACAAAAUAGUCCAUGUGACAUCAGUAGUUCUAACGUUUUUUACGAGUAUUCUUGUAGCUUCGUAAAAUUCCAGUUGAACCACUGUUGUCACACCGACUAUUUUUUCUAUGUUAUUCAUACCUUUCUGAACCUUGAACGUGGUGGGACCCUUGCUGUCUGUUGAAGGUCAGAAAGCUCUUGGAUUUCAUCAAAAAUACCUUAGUUUGUGUUCCAAAGACCAAACAAAGGUCUUACGGGUUUGGAACGACAUGAGGGUGAGUAAUUAACAACAUAAUUUUCAGUUUUGGAGUUAUGGAAGUUUUAGUUAUAAUGCUUUUCAUUCAAGCCCUGGUAUGCAAUCUAUAUGCAUACUAUACUAUAGUGUACUUAAAGGAAUGUUCUGGGUUCAAUACACACCAUUUUGACUAGUCCCUUAGUUUUUUUUUUUUUUUAAAUGCAAGUUGUGGUUAUAGUAAUGCGCUUUCGAUGAAAAUAAACUGGGACAGUGUUCUGGAGGUUUUAAAACAUAAAGGUGAAGCUAAUAUUUUUGUUAAAUCACCCGCAUUAAAGAAUCAGUAAGAAAUGUAUUAUUUGACAUGCAAAAUCUGCCUUUUUAAAAGAUUUUCAAGGUCUCUGAACCUUGAAAAUAUUGUGCAAAAAUCACUGGGUUUACUAGGUGAAUUUUUAAUGCCUGGUCCAGUUAUGGGUCUUUUUAUGACCAUGAUUUUUGUGUUUUUUUUUAACUGAAGGUGAAAUCAAAAUGUAUUGUGUUGAUAGAGCUUAAAUUGAACCUGGGACAUUCUUGAAAUUGUAGUAUAAUACAUUCAUAAUGAAGGUUAACAAUACAGAACAAUACUAGACAUUAUUCAGCUUUGUGUAACAUUGAGCUGUUCCUGCAGUGUGAGGCAUGUCUUACUGAUGCAAUCAGCAUUGGGUGGUGUGAUAAUCAAAAUAGCUAUGUAUUUACUUAGUAAACAGACUUUUUUAUGUAUUAUAAUACUUUUAGCUGUUUAUAAAGAUAAUUUACUCCUUUCAGAGUACAAGAAUGAGCAAUGGUUGUUUCACUUUAAAAAAAAAAAUCUUACAUUAUUUUCUUUGUUCUGUUAAACACUAAAUCACGAUUUGUAUUUCAGUGUUUUGUGCUCUAAAAAGUAUGCAACAUGUCUUUGCUUGCAUUUCAUGGAAUGGUCCAUGUGCCUGUUUUGACUUUCCAAUGUAAAAUUUCCCAGCUGCUUUGUUUAUAGACUUUCGCAGCUUUUACAGUCAGUCCUUCAGUGAAGUUACAUCAUCAGUUGUGUUUACUUUUUGUGUCAGGUUUUAAAAUGUGAAUGACAUUUAAUGGAACUAGACCUCAAAUGUUCAAUAGGUUUUCUUUUGAUAGAAAAAUAGUUUUGCAUUGUCUUUGACGUUUUCCAGGCACACAGCUGAUGAUUAACAUUCCGUCUGAAUUUCAAGGGCUUGCGAAAUGUAUUUUUGCUCUGUACAUAUGAAAAUGUAUAAUUUUCUUCCAUCUAAACGCAUUAAUAUUAAGAUUUCGGAGGACGUUAUACUAUUUAUUGAAUGGGUGAUUCAUUCGGUCAAUGUUUUCCCCCUUGUCCUUUCUUGGUUUUUAUGCAUUUAGAAUUCUGUUGUAUAGGAUGUCAUCAGCAGUGCUUUAUAGGUAAAACAUUUAUAAUUUGUUGAAAUUAGCAUUAGGCCUAAAGCAAGUUAUGUUUACACUUUUAUUUUGUUGUAAAGUUAGUUUGACAGGCAGAAUUACUUGCAUUUCAGUGUGUUGGAAGCAAAUGCUUAGAGUUUUAACUAAAAGCAGACCAGAACACAUGAAACAUAACAAAGAUCAACAGUUUGACCCUGUGAUUUCAUGUUUGCAUAUUUUUAUAUAUAUAUUUUUGUAAUGAAACACUAUCUGGGCCUGUCUUUAGUGCACUUGCAGCUACAUUUUAUUAUCUCUGGUCAAAAUAAAUAUUUCUAAUGUUUGGUAUAUCUA